UGUAUCUGAGAGAUCAGGCUGAGACCUGAGGGCAGGCACAUCAGUUGGAGCUCAAUUGUUGAUGUGAUCACAUCCGACGGUGUUGCAGCGAAAGAGAAAAGCUGAGAUUUGAAAGAAUAGCAGAAGAACUCAUUGUGACCUUAUUUGCUGCCGGUUCUUUUCCUGGUCACUUUCUCUUUGACUUCUUUACUCUUCGGGUCUCGUGUUCCGACGUGUUUUGGCAUACGGACUCGGCGGAGAGGAUGUCUUUCCCCCAGUUGGGCUACCCUCAGUAUUUAAGUGCCUCCCAAGCGGUGUACGGCGUGGAUCGGCCGGGGGUCCUGACUCCGUCGUCCCGGGGAGGGAGCGCUGAGAUAGCGGGUAACCAGUCGGCUGCUGCCGCUGCAGUCACCUCGGUGUUGGGCAUGUACGCAAACCCUUACACUGCACACAACUACAGCGCAUUCCUGCCUUACAGCAGCGCGGACUUGGCUCUUUUCUCUCAAAUGGGCUCCCAGUACGAGCUGAAGGACAGUCCUGGCGUCCAUCCAGGCAGCUUCACGGCCCACACCUCGCCAGCUUUCUACCCAUACGGUCAGUUCCAGUACGGGGACCCGGCCAGGCCCAAGAACGCCACCCGGGAGAGUACCAGCACGCUGAAGGCCUGGCUCAAUGAGCACAGGAAGAACCCUUACCCCACUAAGGGAGAGAAGAUCAUGUUGGCCAUCAUUACUAAGAUGACCCUGACGCAGGUGUCCACCUGGUUCGCCAACGCCAGGAGGAGGUUGAAGAAGGAGAACAAGGUGACUUGGGGGGCCAGGAGUAAAGACGACGAGGAUGGAAACAUCUUCGGCUCCGACAAUGAGGGAGACGCGGAGAAGAACGACGACGAAGAGGAGAUCGAUCUAGAAAGCAUCGAUAUAGACAAGAUAGACGAUAACGAUGGAGAUCAGAGCAAUGAGGAUGAGGAUGAUAAACCGGACGGUAGACACCGAGAACUGGACAGUCUGGAGAAACGGCGAGCCUUCGCUCUGCAACACGACGCCUUCGACAAAUCUAAAAACUCAAUUUCCUCCGGGAAGGAAGAACUUUCUGAUAGAAACAGCAACACCAUAGUUGUGUCUCCGGACAGACAGGGAAGUUUUCAGCUCCCAGUGAACACUAAGCCUAAGAUCUGGUCGUUAGCUGAGACGGCUACUAGUCCUGAUAGUUCUGUCAAGUCCAACUCUCCCUCCGGUCUUACCGGUCACACCCCGUCUCAGAUGCAGCACCCGGCCUUCCUGCCUUCUCACGGACUAUAUACCUGUCAGAUAGGCAAGUUUCAUAACUGGACCAACGGAGCUUUCCUGGGGCAGAACUCUCUGCUCAACGUCCGGUCGUUUCUAGGUGUUAAUCAGCACCAGCAUCAUAACGUUCACUUACAGACCCAACAGCAACAGCAGCAGCACCAGGCCUCGGUGUUGGUGUCGACUGGAGCCUCGCCACAACUCAGCCCCAAGCACAUAGACCGUGAAAACGUUGUAAGAAGUGCCUCUCCUCCAACGCAACCUCUGAAGUCCUCAUUCAGACCUCUUCACGAUGGGACUCAGCAAGACGCGCCGCAGCUGGCCCUUUCCUCGGCUUGAUCAAGACAUUCAGCCCUGGAACAAACAACAACAACAACAACACUUUACGAACUCAGAAAAGGACAAUGAGAAAUAACUUAAUUCACCGUAGCGUUCAGAACAAAUGGUUCAUUUGAUAUAAACUCCUGUGGCAGGAUUUCGUCUAUUGUUGUAAAUAAUGGCGCCGGUUAUUUACCCGCUCCUUACCCUGGGACGUUUGGUUGUCUUUUCCUUUUGUCUUUAUUCCGUUGGACUCUUCUGUUCUGUACAUACAGUCAUUUACAUGUGUAAAUAGCGCGUUGACGACAUUUGUCCAGAUCGUAUAUUUUGUCUAAUAAACUAAAUGAAAUUAUAGAGAAAUCAAAGAAUAUAGAUCUUUUUUUGUUUUCGUUGGUAUUUUCUAGAUCAAACAGCUCUAACACAGUGAAAUAUUUAGAGAAAAGGGGACUCUGUCGCACAAUAUUAUUUAACAAUACCAGAAUUUAAUUUGGUUAAAACCUACACGAUUAUUAUCAGUAUUGUUAUUAUUACGAUUAUUAUAAUAAUAAUAAUUAUUGUUAUUAUUAUUGUUGUUGUUAUUAUUAUUAUUAUUAUUAUUACAACACAUCAGUCAGGGUAAAUGGCUCGUCAUAACUAACGCUAAGAUGGUCCAUUCCAUUAUAAUCAUUAGCAGCUAGGAGGAAACCGCCUUCACCUCGUCCCCCUGUUAGAGAGAGGGGCAGAGCGGCUAAAGCAGCGGAUAAUACAGACCCUCCUUUAUCUAAUGUUAUUCCACUUUCUCCAGUUAAAUGGGGAGGGAGCGGCGACGCAUUGAGGUGCUAAUAACCGGGCCAGAUGGUUACUGGUGCCGGGGAAACGGACAGAAGCAGCUGGGAGCAUCAUUAAGUAAUAAUGUGGGAACGCCCUGCCCAAACCAAAAUCAAAUGGUUAAAAUCUAAUCUGUCAGAAAGAGAAGUCGAUUCGGUAAUGUAUUAUUAAUAGUGAGAGGUUAGCUGGUCCGGUGACGUUGUUAGCAGGGUUACUAACUGUGUUUUUUUUGGGGGGGGUCCGGACAGAUACAUGUGAUCGGAAACAGUUACAGGGAUGGACUGAAGUAAGAUACUUCUAUUGAAUCAGUUUAAUAAUAAGGUGAUGAGGAACAAUUGCAAGGAUUAUGGCGAUGUGAUUUGAAGUGUAACAUUGUUUUGGUUAUUGGAAUGAACGGUGGUAAUGUUGGAUUCACAACGAUCAGACUUCAAUACAGAAAGAUAUCUCAGGCCUACAUUAAAGACGAUAAUAUUAACAGGUUUCAUUCAAAUUAAAACAACUGUAAACAACUAUAAACAAAUAAUAGCCUCCUUAAACUGUUUUAUUUUUAUUUAUAACAAUUACAUUUCAUGUUACAUAUUUAGUGGAUAUAACGCAAUGUCAACAUACCUAUUGAAAAUGGUUAAAUAUAAUAUUUUUAUUGUAGUAUUUUCAAUAGACGAAUAUAUUUAGUAUUCGCUAUUUUGGAGGUAUGGCAGGCUGAACGUGUUGGCUGGCUCGGUGCCUGUCUAUUGUUGUAUCACAGCGACCUCUAUAGGCUUCAGUACAUUUACAGAUAAAUAAUAUAGACCUAGUCGAAAUUUGCUGUGAUGAAUUAUGUGCAUAUAUGCACGAAUUGAUUGUGAGACUGCGUUGCGUCAAAAGAUUUUCACUUUAACUCUAGAAACACUUGACAACUUGGAACUUUUUACAACUUGGAAUAAAGCAACCAAAUUUAGCCUAGAA